AUGAGUGAAACCUUAACACUUACGGUCCUUCGUUCUGAGAAGGAUAUUGACAAGGCUUGGCUUGAGGAACUAUUGAAACAAAGGCUAAAAUCCAACAUCGAAGUCAUUUCAUGGACAUCGAGUACUCCAGCCACAAAGAGUGGAUUCUUGAGUGAAAUGUGCUUCGUUCAUGUGGCUUUCAAAAGUCCAGAUCACCCAGUGGAAGAGAGGUCUUUAGCUGUGAAAUUUGCUCCGAGUGACAAGAACAUAUUGGAAUUCAUGAAGAAUGGGAACCUUGCAAGGAAGGAAAUCGAGUUUUACAAAUUUGUCUUAACAGAUGACUUUCAACUUUUCUGCAAGGAGAGCAGCCUGAGGAAUCCAGUCCCAGAUGUGUACUGGGCGGACAUGGAGGAAGACCUCGUCACCCUUGUCAUGCACGACCUGAGAACAGAUGGGUUCAGAGUGGAUACCCCGCCAGAGGGGAACUCUCUAGAACAGAUUAAACUGACGCUGAAAUCUAUUGCAGUUAUUCAUGCUUGUGGAGUUGCUACCAUAAAGAAGCAUGGAAGGGAGUACCUAGAUGUUCCCUCUGGAGAUUUUCUUGGCGACUAUGUUAAGGUAGGUCUUGAGAAAGAAAUAGAAAUGUUUAAGGGAACACAUACUGCUGAAACUUUAAGAGCACUUAACUCCAUGAGGGACCUAGUGAUCAAGACAAGGUAUCCGUUAUUUGAGACUUUGAUCCACGGGGAUUUGUGGACAGGCAACGUCAUGUUCUCUGACGACAAUACAAAUGCCAUCAUUAUUGACUGGCAGUUUGCCUCCGUUGACAACCCAGUGUGUGACAUUCUUUCCUUGUUGCUGAUGAGCGGCGAACCUGUGGUGUAUGAGCAAUACCUGAAUGACGUUCUCGAGGCUUACUGGGAAAGUCUGACUGAAGCCUUGAGAAAGAAUGAAGUUACAUUUAACAAUACAUUUCAGGAGCUUCGUUUCGACUAUUCUACUCUUGGAUUUAAAACUGCAUAUAAGGCAGUAUACUUUUUCGAACUCCACGUGUAA